UGCGCACGGAGAGCAGCGCUCGCCCUUCCCGGUGCAGACGGACGUCGGGGCGGCGAUGAGGCUCCCGCUGGCUUUCGCCGUGCUCCUCCUGGCCUCGGCGCAGGCGCUGGCCGAGGAGAUGGGCGCCACCGACGACCUCAGCUACUGGUCCGACUGGUCCGACGGCGACCAGGUCAAGGAGGAGCUGCCGCUGCCCCUGGAGCACUUCCUUCAGAGGAUGGCCCGCAGACCUCGGCCCCAGCAGUUCUUCGGCCUCAUGGGCAAGCGGGAUGCCGGAUAUGGCCAGAUCUCUCACAAAAGGCAUAAAACAGACUCCUUUGUUGGACUUAUGGGGAAAAGAUCUUUAAAUUCUGGAUCCUCUGAAAGGAGCAUAGCACAGAACUAUGAACGGAGGCGUAAAUGAGACAGUCCCGUCCAUUAUUUAUUAAACUUCAUUUGUUUCAAUGGCCAAUGCAGUGUAAUAUAAACUAACAACUGUAUGGAAUAAUUAUUUAUUUAAAAAUAACUGAUGGGGUUUUGGGGUUUUUUUGAGUUGUACAUUCAAUAAAAUUAUUAUUUUUCAUAUUGUGGCAGUGAUACAUGUUGUGUAGGUGCCAUGUGGUUCUGAAAGGACCAGAAACCCUGGUGAUGUCUCACAACAAAGCACAUCAUUUGAUAUGACCCGUAAAGUUAUGUUCACUAAACAAAGAAAAUAUUCUUUUGUUCAUUGAAAGCAAGUCUAUCUGCUUCACAACCAGUGCAGAACAGAGCUAAUGUACAGUCUAGUGCCUCAAUUUGUUUUCAUGGUUUAUAAUGUACUGUAAUUUCCAUAUCAAAAAUAUAUUUGUAUCAUUGCAGCAUGUUUUAUGUUUUGUGAUUAUGUAUCUAUAUAUUUUAAAAACAAGGGGGUGGGUGGUAAGGUUUGAAUGGGAAUCCAAGGUCUUAAUUUCAUAGUCUGGAAUUUUAUGAUAGUAGCAUUUUAAAUAAAAACUCCUCUGGGGAUUUUGCAACA